GAUGGAAAUAAUAAUUAUUUACAAUCAAAUUUAAGUGAAAAUUAUAGUCAUACGUUUUAUUGAUAUAACAUGGGUUUUUUUUGUAACUAUUGUAUGUAAUAAAAUUUUAUCAUAGUAUUAUGAUAUUACUGAGCUAUCUUUAACCUGGAUUUCCCGUAAGUUAUUCUACAUGUGACGAACAAUGUUUAACAGGAUACUGUCCGUCUGAUUUAUCUAUCAAUUUUUCUUACAUUUAAAAUAGUAUACACACCCACUAUUUUAGUGUAUAAAUAUAUGACUAACAUUCGACAAUUGUGUAAUCAUUUACUUAUUGCUUUCAUCAUCAUUUGUGUCACCGUCGUAACAAAUAUGCAAACAUUUAAAAAAAAAUCACAAUGUACAGAAAGAUUUUUAUUUUUUUUUUUUAAUUUAAUGUAAUCAGUAAUAUCUUUUGUAAACCGGAAACUUUUGGCUUAUAAGUUAAACCGACGCAUUCAAAAAUUGUCAGUUUUAUUUUUUAACUCAAACGUUUAACUGAAAUCAUGUUUAAUAAAAUUAUUAUAUUUAUUUGUUUUACUUUUGUUCGUGCGCAGGUGGAUAAUUUUAAUGAACGCUGGAUUAUUGUUAAUAAAAUUAAUUUUAAUAAAUGUUCGAGGUAUUGCACCGAUGAUAUUCAAAUACAAGAUGAUCAUUUAAAUGUUUUGUGGAUUGAAAAUAAAUUAAUUGAUCAAGGAUUAAUAUCAACAAUCAAAGAAACAUUAGAGUAUGCAACAUGUGAGACUUCUAUUAAAAUCGAUUGUAAUGAUUCAUUAAUUGAAUCUACUACACAAUUGGACGUUGUAACAAAAAAAUACGAAUUCGAUAAUGAAUUAAAUUUUGAAGUAAAUAGUGACACUGCAUUACUGCAAUUGACACUGAUGGGAAACAUUUCAUGGUUUCUACUGCAAAUUCCACUAGGAUCACAACGUAAAAAAUCAACAGAUUUGUUUCUAAGAAAAAAUAUUUACACAAACGAAUACUAUUUAUUAAUAAAAAAUCCAGAACCCGGUGAAUGGAAAUUAAGAAUCGAUAAAAAUGUGAAUGCCUCAAACAAUGUAACGAUGUUGGUAAUAAAUAAAUCAACAAGUUUGUCACGAAGAAUAGACUUACCUAGUCGUAUAGAUUGGCAAGAACAAGACGAAGAUGAAUCAAAGUCAAGAAUAAUAACGCAAGAAAUUUAUGAAGUUGAUGAAAAUGAAAGUAAUGGAAAUAAAAAAAUAGAAAGAUUAAAUGAACUGACGCAAUUGGAAAAUGAAAAUGAUUUGAUAAGAAGAAAUGUUCUUGUUGAUGUUGCUUAUGAAAGUAAAUUAAUAGCAACACCGGGAACAGUACACACAAUAUUAUUUUCUGUUACAAACAGUGUCGAUUUUGAUGUUCUCUAUCAGUAUGAAGCACGGAGUAGUCAGUAUCAAAUUAUUUUCUACCCAUUGAGUAAUUGGAUUGCUGCGGAACAGACGGCUUUUAUUCCAGUACGAAUUAUUAUACCGCCAAAUGCUAAUGAAUUUAAUAUAAACACUGUUAGUUUAAAGGUCAAAGGUAACGAUUUUGGAGAAACUAAAUCUGCGUAUAUUUAUAUACAAAAUUCAACUAGUGGGAUAGUAAGUAGUGGAGAUCCAACAAUAGAAGUUUACUUCAAUGAUAAUUGUUUCGGUAAAUCAAGUAGAGAUCGUUGUAAUUUAAAUCAGUGGAGCGCCGAAAUAGUUAUUAAAAACGAUCAAUCAGGAGUAAAAAAUGUUAUCUCAGAGCCAACGGGUAUUCAACCCAAGACAAAUUUUAUCGCUGGUACUAAAUCACCAGUUUACUUCUACUACACCUCAACUUGCUGUAACAAAAUCGUAAAUCUUCGAGUUAUUGACAUUAAUCAAAGGACUUUCACAAAAACAGUUGACGUAACAGCUUGGGACAAUUUAACGACAGGUGAAAUAAUUGCUGCUGGAGUUGGUACGAUACUUCUUCUACUUAUUUUAAUAAUAAUAAUUAUUGUGUGUAUUAAUUGUAUAAAAAAACGUAAAAACGCAGACAUUACUUACACCCAGAGAUAUGGAUCACGACCAACGCCUUAAAGAUAAUAAAUAAAAUAGACAAAAAUAUAAUUUUAGAUUAAUUUUUACGUAAUAUUGAAUUUAAUUAAAAGUUUAACUUGCGUCAUUUAAAUUUUCACUGCACCUAUUUAUUUAUAACGUUUUAAUUUUCCUUUCCUACUUAUAUAUAAUAUAUAAUUAUAAAUAAACAUGUAUAUAUAAAAAGUUUAAAUAAAAAAAAAUUUUCAAGUUUAUAAAAGCCCGGGGUUUAUUAAUUUA